UCCUCCUCCGGCCUCCGCCACCUUCUCCACCCGCCACAGCCGGCGCCCGCGCGAUGGCCGCAGCAGACGCCGGCGACCCGCCGCCCAUGGCCGGCGGGCGCGACGACAGCGCCUGCUCCACGCCGUUCGUCAGCGCGCCGUCCAGCCCCACCCGGGACCGGGACGCGUUCCUGCCCCACCACGCCGCCUGCUUCUACAGCGCCCCGGCCAGCCCCACCCGCAAGGACUUCGGCACCGCCGCCGCCGCCGGCCUCCUCGACUUCGACUUCGACUUCGACUUCUCGUCGCGGUUCCCGUCGCCCUCCGCCGCCGCCAUGUCGUCCGCCGACGAGCUCUUCUGCAACGGCCAGAUCCGCCCCGUCCGCCUUGCCGCCGCGCUGCUCCAGCCGCAGCAGCCCCACGGGGACGCCGCGGCGGCUUCCGGCCCCGGCGCCGCUGAGCAGGAGGACGGCGGCGGUGGCAUUCACGCCGUGCCCGACGAGCGCGGCCGCGUCCGGGGCCGCUCCGCCCGCCGGAAGGCGCGGUCCAUGUCCCCGUUCCGCACGCACUGGAGGCGGUCGCCGGCUCCGGAGCCUCAGGCGCCGGAGCGUGAGCCCGCUGCCGGCGAGGAGCAGGCGGCCGCGGUGACCCCCGCGGCGUCGCGCUCGUCCUCGUCCUCGUCCACCGCGUCCUCCGCCUCGACGACGUCGUCCUCGUCCUCCUCGAGGGGCUCGCGCAGCUGGGGCGGGUUCCUCAAGGACCUCCUCCACCGCAGCAAGUCUGACGGCGGCAAGACCCAGCACCACCACCAUUCUCCCCUCCCUACGGCUCCAGCCCCGCCGACCUCGCCGAGCCCAGCCGCGACGCCGAAGCGGAGCCCCUCGCCCUCGCCGUCUCCGUCGCCGGCGGCGAUGCGGAGGACCUCGGGCCACCGCGGCGGCCGGCGGAGGUCCGCGCACGAGCGGCUGUACGAGGCGCGCCGGGCCGAGGCGGAGGAGAUGCGGCGGCGCACGAACCUGCCGUACCGGCAGGGCUUCCUCCUCUUCGGCUGCAUCGGGCUCGGCCACCGCAGCUACGGCGCCGUCCACGGGCUCGCCCGCGGGCUCAACGCCGCCGCCGCCAUCUCCCCCCGGUCGUGACCCGCGGCCGGGCCGCGGCGGCAUGGCCCUGCUCCUGGAGCUCCGCCCAGCUCAGCUCAGCUCACCUGGGGAUGUGAUGUGAUGUGAUGUGAUGCGACUCAGCUCCUCGUCGUCGCUGUCACUUCACUGUGCAAGUGAUUAGUGGUUAAUCUAGUGCCAAGAACUGCAUAGAAAGUAGCUAGUAGGAGAUGUUCUUUUGCGUUGCGUUGCUAAGGAUUUUGGGGUGACGUAAACCAGCUCGUCCAUGUUCAUCCGGUGGAGAGUGGUGGAAAGAUGUUACUAGGGGCCUGUUUAGUUCCCACCCUGUAAACGCAAAAAAGCCGUAAACGCAUUAAAGUGAAAAGAAAUUUUGUUAAU